GUUUUCAAACUUUUAGGCUAAAUAACAUUUUGAAGCUGCUCCCAUCGAAACAGUCCAAACAGGCGAACCCGAGCUCGCGUUACAGACGUUCAGAUUUAUUUAAAUGCCCGAAGGCUUCUCGAUGUGACGAAUGUGUUUCUUUGUAGCCGACAAGUUUCGACGUCCUGAGGAUUUACGGCUUUCAUUUGGUCCAGAAGAUGGCUGACGGUAUGAAGACUCAGCUGGUGAGUGCCAUUCACCUGCAGGAGGUGGAACUGCAGGAGAAACCUACAGACAAGCCACGGGGCAGCAAAAACAACAAGACUGAUGAGACGUUCACUGUCGAAGACGCCGUUGAGACGAUCGGCUUCGGUCGGUUUCACGUCCUGCUCUUCGUCAUUAUGGGGAGCUCGAAUAUUGUGGAGGCCAUGGAGAUCAUGCUCUUAGCUAUUGUUUCUCCUGAGAUUCGAUGUGAAUGGCAUCUGGUGGACUGGCAGGUGGCCCUGGUCUCCACGAUGGUGUUCCUGGGCUUCAUGCUGUGUGGAGUUCUGGGAGGAUACAUUGCUGACAGAUACGGGCGCUGGAAGGUGGUGUUUGGAGGUUUUGUGUGGAGUGCGUACUUCUCUCUGCUCACAUCAUUCGCUCCGUCGUAUGGUUGGUUCAUCUUCCUACGCAGCAUGGUGGGCUGUGGGGUGGCAGGAGUGUCACAGGGGUUUGUGCUAAAGACGGAGUUCAUCCCUGCGAAGUAUCGACCCUUCCUGCUGCCUCUGGCGACAAUCUUCUGGAUGAUAGGCUCCAUGCUCAUCAUCAUACUGGGAAUGUUAGUGGUUCCCACUCUGGGCUGGAGGUGGAUGAUCCGGAUCUCCGUCGCUCCCAGUGUCCUCCUCAUCUUCCUGUUCAAGUUUAUUCCUGAGUCAGCUCGUUACAACGUGUCAGCAGGAAACAUCCAGGCUGCUGUGGAAACUCUGAAGAAGAUCGCUGAGAUGAACAGAGCGUCUCUUCCGCCAGGACGCCUGGUGGAGCCAUCAGUGAGAGAAAGAGGCAGCUGGAGGAUUCUGCUCAGCUCAUCAUUCAGGAGGACAUCUUUGCUGCUCUGGUAUUCAUGGUUUGUGGCCUCCUUCAUAUACUACGGUUCGGUGCUGAGCAGUUCGGAGCUGUUGGAGAAGAACUUGCUGUGCAUGACGGAUGCAGGUCCAGAGCAUCAGGUCAAACACCGUCAUGAGGAUGGACUGUGUUACUGCAUCCCCUUUGCAAUGAGUGACUACCAGACACUGCUCAUCAGCUGCCUGGGGGAAGUUGCAUUGGUCCCGCUAAACAUCGGGCUGCUGACCGUGUUUGGGCGGAAGAUGAGCCUGACAGUGCUACAGCUGCUGGCGGCCAUUUUGUUCAUGAUGCUCAACAUUUGCACCACCAUGUUUGGGUUCACUGUGUUACUGUUUCUGCUCCGGUCACUCGUCUCAAUGAACUUCAAUGUGGUUUAUAUUUACACCGCUGAGGUGUAUCCCACUGCAGCUCGGUCUCUGGGGAUGGGCUUCUGCACGUCAUUCAGUCGGAUCGGGGGAAUGAUCGCUCCGUUCAUUGCUCAGGUGCUGAUGUCACAAUCAGUAAUUCAGGCUCUCAGUCCGUUUGCUGUGACCUGUGCCGUGUGUGCUUUGGGAAACUUUUUGUUACCAAUAGAAACUAAAGGACGAGCUCUCCUGCAAAACUCCUGACGGCAUCUACAAAAUAAACAACUUGUUGUUUUAUCACUGUUAUAUCUGUAAUGUAAAGACAUUAAAUAUGUUACUGGUA